UUUUUUUUUUUUUUUUAAGCAUAUACACACACUGGUUCAGAUGAAGUCUGUGAGUCAGGCUGUUUCUGAGCUCCGAUAGUUUAAUGGAAAGAUUUAUAUACCGACUGUAUUAUUUACUUUGGGAGGGGAGGUGGCAGUAUAAGGGUAUGCUAAUUAGCGGGAGAUUUUGGGGGGAAGGGGUGGAAUAUCAAUUUUUAUUGCAUCACCUGUCAGGAGUGUCCAAUCAGCGCUGGCUUUAGGGGAAUUAAUUGAUGAAGGUGUCUCCGGACGAGCUCACUUCACUCUGUCAUUUUAUUUGUAGCUAAAGCAGCGACGGGAAUAGCAGCUGCAUUUCUUUUCUCUUUCUCCCUUCACAUUCCAUUAUCAAAGUGCUCCAAUGGAGAAGGAAGGAACAGAGGGGCCCAGGUACUGAUCUGCAUCGGGGACUUGCACUAACGCGCUGGCAGAUCAGAAACCGGAUGGUUUUUUCCCUCUUUUUUAAAAAAACGAAAACCAAAAAAAAAGCAAGAAUCAAGAUGCCUUGAGACAUACGCAGCAUCUGGUGGAGGAUUAACAUACAUACAUGUGUAUGGACGCGUCACGUAUAUAUUUGCUGCAAAUGGUGGGGAUCAUUUAGUGCCCGAGAUGGGAGACCUGAAGUCAGGUUUUGAAGAGGUGGAUGGCGUGAGGCUCGGCUACCUCAUCAUUAAAGGAAAGCAAAUGUUUGCCCUCUCCCAAGUCUUCACCGACCUGCUGAAAAACAUCCCGAGGACGACCGUGCACAAGCGCAUGGAUCAUCUGAAAGUGAAGAAGCACCACUGCGACCUGGAGGAGUUGCGGAAACUCAAGGCCAUCAACAGCAUCGCCUUCCACGCCGCCAAAUGCACGCUCAUCUCCCGGGAAGACGUGGAAGCGCUCUACACCUCCUGCAAGACCGAGCGCGUCCUCAAGACCAAGCGCCGGCGGGCCGGCCGGGGGGGCGGCGUCAAAGCCGAGUCGGCGGAGGAGUGGACUCUGCAGAGCUGGGCCCCCAAAGCGUCUCCGGUGUACUGCCCGGCCGGCCUGGGGAGUUGUUUCCCAGAGAUAAGGAACGAUAGGGUAUCUGCGAUUACAUUCCCACACUCUGAAAUCCCCGGCACUGUAAGGAGAACUGACCUGACAAUUAACUGCCUGGCGGAGGGCGCCUCUUCACCCAGCCCAAAGACCAACAGUGUGUUUCCACAACAAAGAAUACUCCGAGAAACUAGGAAAUGCCUGCAAGCAACUCCUGCUACACACUGCGCAGAUAACGCCACAAUAGCUGCUAGGUUCUUCUACAGCGAUUCUUCGCGAGCAGCAGCAAAUUCAGGAAAAGAUUCCAAAAUCCCCCCUUGUACUGAAUUUGCCUCGGAUCUGCCCUCUUUGCAGACUGACCCUGGCGUGGAUGCAGCAGCAGCAGCAGCAACAGCAACGAAAGCAGAGAAUCCCUGCACUGACACGAGCGACAAGACGCUGCCACUUCUGCACAAUAUUAAAAUCAAAGUCGAAGACAGUAGUGCUAAUGAAGAAUAUGAACCUGACCUUAUUACAAAUAAGCUAAAGUGCGAGUGCAAUGAUACAAAGGGUGAGUUUUACAGUGUGACUGGGAGUAAAGAGGAGGACGCCUUGCUGACCACAGCCAAGGAAGGGUUUGCAUGCCCUGAAGAAGAAACUCCCUCCUUAAACCCACUGGCUCUGAGUCAGGGCCUCUCAUGCACUUUAGGUUCUCCAAAACCUGAGGAUGGGGAAUAUAAAUUUGGUGCCAGGGUGAGAAAAAAUUACCGGACACUAGUCCUGGGAAAGCGACCUGUACUUCAGACCCCUCCAGUCAAACCAAAUUUGAAAUCAGCUAGAAGCCCUCGUCCUACAGGUAAAACUGAAACACAUGAAGGAACACUGGAUGAUUUUACAGUUCUAAACAGACGCAAAAAGGUAGCCAGCAAUGUAGCAUCAGCAGUGAAAAGGCCGUUUAGUUUCAUGGCAAAUUUUCCUUGUCCACCGUCACUCGUUAUUGGGAAGGAUGGGGAUCUGUGGCCUGCAUACUCCUUAAACACCACUAAGGACUCCCAACCUCCUCACAAGGCCCAUCCUAUCUGGAAAUGGCAGCUGGGCGGAUCUGCAAUACCUCUUCCACCUAGUCACAAAUUCAGGAAAUUUAAUUCAUAAAAGUGUUUUGGAAGAUAUUUUCUUGAACCAUAUUACCUUCCUUUUGUUGUAAACUGCACAGGAUGGUUUGUACAAGUCCAUUAAUGUGUUACACCCCCUUUGGAGUCCUGGUUUAUCACAUUUUGAAGACAGAAAUCGGAUUACUUUUUUUUUCCAUUGCGGGUUUUUUUUUUU